CCGGGCAUCAAAGAGCUAAGCUCGACCCCAAGGAUUCCGCGUCUUGCUUGAUUCCUACACCGUAAAGAGAGCAUCCUUGCUGUCUUUCAACCCUUUUUUUGGAUUUUGCAAGUCGCAUUCGUGCGCGCUCCCCCUUUGCCCACCAUGGCCGCCAACAAGCAGGGCAAGAUGGUAAGUCUCCCCCAGUCCCUCUGCUCGAAUCCCCGACUAGGGUGGUCAAUGGCUGUCGCUAACCUCUACUCUCUAGCAAAACCUCGUGAGUUCCUUCGAAAAGAUGUAACACUCUCCAUUCAUCAUUCUUACACGGCUUUUAGAUCAACUACCGGAUGAGGGUUACCCUGAACGAUGGUCGACAGAUGACCGGCCAGAUGCUGGCUUUCGAUAAGCACAUGAACCUCGUUCUUGCCGACACAGAAGAGUUCCGUCGCACCAAGCGAAAGUCAAAGCCCGCCGCCGGUCCCUCAAACGCCCCACUGGUUGAAGCGGAGGAGAAGCGUACUCUCGGUCUCACCAUCGUUCGCGGUACCCAGGUCGUCUCUUGCUCCGUGGACGGCCCCCCUCCUGCCGAUCCCUCUGCGCGUCUCGGUGCCGGUCCUGGCGCUGCUGGUGCUGCUGCUACUCUCGUUGCCGGUCCCGGUAUCAGCAAGCCCGCUGGUCGUGGCCUGCCUGUCGGACUCGGCGGCCCCGCUGCUGGUGUUGGUGGCCCGCCUCCUCCCAGUGCCUUUGGAGGCUUCCCUCCCGGUGGUUUCCCUGGUGCGCCUCCUCCUGGUUUCGCUGGUCGUGGAGGAGCCCCUGGUGGACCUCCUGGCUUCGCUCCUCCCCCUGGUUUCGCUCCCCAGGGUGCUCCCCCCGGCUCUUUCCAACCUCCUCCUGGCUUCCAGCCCCCAGGCCAAGGCCGCGGUUUCCCCCCUCCUGGCUUCGGAGGCCGGUAGAUGGAUUAGAUUAAUUUGAGAAGGACCUUUGAUGCUUCAGAACUUGAGUGAUGUUUCAUGUGGGAAGUCGAAAGAGAGAUAAACCGUUCGAGAACAGGCGAGACACGGCCCUCACUUCCAGCGCCAGGGAACAUUUCGCGGAUAGGCUAGAUAGCCCUCUCACUGGGCAAGGCGUUGCGGCGCAUGCGGAUGGAGGUCGUUUCCAAGGAUAGGAAAACAAAAGCCGAAAAUCCCUUUCAGAUUUGCAUUUAGUACCAAAAACAAUGCUAGCUCAUUCCCACGACCGCUUGUCGCAACAUGCAAUACAUAUUCAGUUUAAUCCGUG